UAUCACAGCAGCCGGCGGAGCUGAGCUGAGGCUGGGCAGAGAGAUGACAAGCGAUUUGACUGCUACCGUCUGUACUUGAAAACAGGUUUGACAGCCACGGCUUUGGCCCCUGCUUCGUGUGGAUCAGAUGUUUACAAAGAUUUGUUGAGUCAGCUAGCAGUUACUAUGAGUGCGAUGCGUGUGGAUGCUAAAGUGGUGAUGCUGGGAAAGGAGAGUGUGGGGAAGACGAGUCUGGUGGAGAGAUACGUUCAUCACCGCUUCCUGGUCGGCCCCUACCAGAACACCAUCGGGGCGGCUUUCGUUGCCAAACCUAUCCAGGUGGGAGACAAAGUGAUCACCCUGGGAAUAUGGGACACAGCGGGAUCAGAGCGCUAUGAAGCAAUGAGCAGAAUCUACUACAGAGGAGCCCGGGCAGCCGUCGUCUGCUACGAUCUGACUGACAGCAGCAGCUUCCAGAGAGCUCGCUUCUGGGUGAAGGAGCUGCAGAACUGUGAGGAACACUGUAAGAUCUACCUGUGUGGCACUAAGAACGACCUGGUGGUAGGAGAUCGCAGCCUGCGCCAGAUCGACUACCACGACUCUCAGGACUUUGCUGAAGAGAUUGGGGCGCAGAUUUUCGAGACCUCCAGUAAAACAGGAAAUAAUGUUGAUGAGCUGUUCCAGAAAGUUGCUGAGGAUUACAACAGCACCUCGUUUGAGUAUAUGACAGCAGAAGAAAAUAACGUUGACCUGGGCCAGAAGAAAGACUCUUAUUUCUACUCCUGUUGCCAUAACAACUGAUGUUGAACUAACUGGAAGGGAAACAGAAAUGGUCACCUUACCUGGACUGUAGUAACACCUGAACAUGCUGGAUGGAUGUCGGAUAACUCUUGAUGAUGAACUGUGAUCCAAAUCACAGAAAAAGACGUGAAACUGGACUGUUUACACCUCCAUUAAAGCUUUUUUUUCUUUUGUGCCAUAAAGAACUGAGAGCUGCAAGACUUUAUGGAAGUGUUUUAACUUAUCAGUUGAAGAGUGAAGAGGGAUCUACAUACCAACACUUUUCACCCUCUUAUGGCCUGUUUUUUUUUUUUUUUUUGAUUGUCAGCUGGUCCCUUGUCUCCUGUCACUUCCUCUAAACUGGAUUUAACAUAUCUUUAAGGCUGCAGUGUGAAACAAUCAGGAGACACGCUUUGUGAAAAGACGACCUGCAGGUGAGAGGAAGUUAACAAAGAAAAGAGACCACUGAAUACUGACUGGCAGAGUGACUUGAUUGAUUGCUGUUUAUUGUUGUCGCAACCUCAAUGCUCCAAGAGGGUGAAUUGUUUGUUUACAACAGGAGAUUUUUGUUUACCUCCAACUCUAUUUAACCUUGCUGUGAAAAUAGUCUUUUAGUUCUCGGAAGCCCAAUGGAGAGAAGCCAAAUAUGAAAAAAUCUCUAAAAAAACACUCCUGUUUUCAGGCAUUAAUAUCUAAAAUGAAUUAAUGAAAAUGAAUGAUACACCAAUGAUCUUUAUGAAAGCCUUAUAUCUGCGCUAGAAAUAAAAGGACAGAGUAAAAUUUACUUCCCUUUCGUAAGCAAUGACCAAGUUUUGCCAUCUGACACCAUGGAUGUAUUAAAAGAGGGAUUCUCAGCCUUGCUAGUAAUUUGCCCCAGUGGCUAAGCGUGGUACUGCGACAAAAACCAACACUUCUUACUUACUGGCCACCCCUAUGAAACUGUUGACAGGACACCUUCAACUGGGAAAAGGAUUUGAUUAUGACCCUUUGUGCAAAGAAUUUUUAACCAAUGGAGGGGGUGCAUUUGUAAAACUUUUUUUUUUUUUUUUUUUGCAUGAUCCCGAUAUAUGCUGAGUGGGAACAUGUGGGCAGGCCCAGCAGGAGAAACACUAACGAGCAUGCACAUUGGGCCUCACAAAGCUUAAAUAAACCCAGAAGCUGAAAACUUCAUUUUGCUUAGAUGUUCAUUGAGCAACUUUCAUUCAAGGUCCAGUAUCCAGUCCUAAAAAAAAAACACACCAAGUGACUCCACAUUCAACACGUAUGUGGUCUGUUCUGUUUUGCAGCAUAAGCUAUGAUUCUGUUAAAAGGCAACACAUGAUUGUCAUCUUUAGAUGAUGGUUUCUACAAUGCAUUUAUCUCUGUUAUUAAACUGCAUGGCCUCAGCAGACUGAAAGAAAAUGACAAUGACAGUUACUUUUCUGCAUUUCAACUCUAAGAUCUCUAUUUUGUAAUUUCAGAUGCAAUGUUCUCAUGAAAACACGACUGUCAGAUUUUCUUUCAGGCUUCGUUCAGAGGUCUGAGACGAUCAAAGGUUCAACCUCUUAUGUGUUGAGAAACUGAUUUCAGCAACACUGGAGAAAACGCUGUGGGUGAAUGUUGUAACAAUGUACACACCGUCAUCUUGAUGUUCUCAGAACCGUAUUUACAGCUUUAUCACACUUCAAGACUCAAAUCACUAAUUUAUUGCCUUUUUAAGUUGAGCUGCCAAGAAGACAUGGAUGAAUAAGUGGACACGAUAUCAGUUUCCUCCAUGUUGCUGCUUUGAUGUGUCGAUGUUUCAUGUGUUGAUCUCUUGAUGCACAAUAUUUUUUAUUGAGGUCUGUUCAACACAGACCAAUGUAAAGUACAAAUAUGUUCUGUAAAAAUAAAAGCUUGUUGAAAGUU